UCUUGCUUCCCUCCCCUCGCCUACGACCCGGUAGGCGACUACAGACCACGCUGUGAGCCACGGAGACACCGUAGAACUAGACCAGCUUCCGGGACUCGUCCUGACGGCUGCUACUCUUCUCAGACUCUCACGGGAACGAGUGACUACUGUUAAUUCUAUUUAAAAUGGGUGUAAAGAAGAAGAAAGAAAUGCAAGUUACUUCAUUGACCGUUUGUCAUCAGGACCUUGAAACUUUGAGAUCUUUGGCUGAUGUAGAAGGGAAGAAUCUAGCUUCUUUGCUGUUACAUUGUGUACAACUCACUGAUGGAGUGUCACAGAUCCAUUAUGUUAAACAGAUUGUGCCCUUACUGGAGAAGGCAAAUAAAAAUGGCAAGUGUGAUCCCACUAUUCGAAGUUGUUUGGAUAUUUUAGCAGGCAUUUAUCUUUCUUUGAAUCUAAAGAAUCCCUUGAAGAAAGUCUUGGCAAGGUUGUUUUUCACUAAGGAAUGUCUUAGAGAUAUUUUCAGCUCACUAAAUGACCUACCUGCAUUUUUUCUAACUGAGGCUACACAGAGUUUUACUUCUCGUCUUCAGGAAGAAUUGAAUACUACUACUGAUCUAUACUCUUAUAGGAAAGUUAUUGACAAUAUAUCUUCCUGUAUGGAGAACUUUGACUUGGGUAGAUCAAGUGUUAAUAAUCUUCUUGAAAAUGUGCUUCAUUAUCUACAGAAGAGUUUAAUUGAAAUCUCAGAAGAAAACAGAAAAUUGGCUGGAAAUCAUAUUGUUCAAACUCAGUUGAUGAAUGACUUGUUGGUAGGCAUUAGAGUUUCAGUGAUGUUAGUACAGAAAGUACAAGGUUUCCAGAGACUUCAUUUGAAGAGUUCUCCUACAUGGCAAAGUAUGUGUGGAUUGCUGAGUAUUUUUACCAAGUUUUUAAGCGAUGAUGACCUCUUACAGACAAUUCAGAGUACAUCUGGAUUAGCUGUUAUUCUUUUUAUUAAAGCUAUGUUUCAUCCACCUGAAAAGAUUCCUGAUUUGAUUAGUAGUUUGCUUCUCCGUUCAGUGGACCACACCAGCAUCCCCGAGUGGCUUUUGAACUGCUGCAGGAGCCUUUGUUGUUCUGAUGUCUCCCAGUCAGCUCUCUUAUUCCUGUGUCAGGGGACACUCACCAUGUUGGAUUGGCAGGAUGGGAGGAUGGGCCCCAGUGGGGAGGCCCUGCUCUUGGAUACUGUGCGUGUUCUGUUCACCUUGAGUUCACAGAUCAAGGAGUCAACUCUGGAAAUGUUUCUGUCUAGAAUUUUGGCAUCUUGGACUAAUUCAGCUAUACAAGUCCUUGAAUCAAGUUCCCCAAGGCUAAAGGACUGUCUGAAUGGGAAUUCAGAUGUGGUUAGGAGACUUUUGGAAUAUGUCUAUACCCACUGGGAACAUCCAUUGGAUGCUUUGAGACACCAAACCAAAAUCAUAUUCAGAAAUAUUCUCCAAAUGCACCAGCUUGCCCUGGAAGAGUCAGGUUCAGAUUUGGCUGCUGAUGGUUUCAUUUUUCAACUGACUGAGAGUCUUCUGCGAUUGGAAUGGCAUAGUAAAGGAAAGUACACAUGCCUUGGUUGUUUAGUAGAUUACAUAGGAAUUGAACAUAUUUUGGCAUUAGCUAAAACUAUUCCAUCGCAAAUCUUAGAGGUGAUGGGGGACCAGUCCUUGGUGCCUUAUGCAAGUGACCUCUUGGAAACCAUGUUUAAAAAUCAUAAGAGUCGUUUGAAAUCCCAGGCUGUUGACAGCACUUGGAUUGACAAGUGGCAUGAGACUUGGAUUUCUCCUCUGCUGUUUAUACUGUGUGAAGGAAAUCUGGAUCAAAAAUCUUACGUGAUUGAUUAUUACUUGCCAAAAUUAUUGAAUUGCAACCCUGAAAGCUUAAACUACAUGGUAAAGAUUCUUCAGACUUCUGCUGAUGCUAAAACUGGGUCUUAUGACAGCAGAGGGGCUCUGGGAGCUUUGAUGGCUUGUCUACGAACAGCUAGAGCUCAUGGACAUCUUCAGUCUGCAACUGAUGCCUGGAGGGACCUUGUGUCCAGUGCAAGAAUAAAGCAAGGCUUAAUUCAUCAGCACUGCCAAGUACGGAUCGAUACAUUAGGCUUGCUUUGUGAAAGUAAUCGAAGCACAGAAAUUGUUUCCACAGAAGAAAUGGAGUGCAUUCAGUUCUUUAUCACAUACAAUCUUAACAGUCAGUCUCCAGGAGUGCGGCAACAGAUUUGUUCUCUUCUUAAAAAGUUGUUUUGUAGGAUACAGGAAAGUUCUCAGGUACUUUAUAAACUGGAACAAAGUAAAUCCAAACAUGAACCAGAGAAUCAGUUAACCAGACAGCACCCUUCUGUAUCUUUACAGCAAUACAAGAAUUUCAUGUCAUCCAUUUGCAACAGUCUUUUUGAAGCAUUAUUUCCUGGCUCUUCCUACCCAACUAGAUUUUCAGCUUUAACCAUUUUAGGCUCAAUAGCUGAAGUAUUUCCUGUGCCAGAAGGUAGAGUCCAAACAGUAUAUCAGCUGAGUCAUGAUAUUGAUGUUGGUCGUUUCCAAACGCUAAUGGAAUGUUUAACUGGCACUUUUGAAGAAGUGAAAAUUUUAGCAUUUGAUCUUCUAAUGAAGUUACCAAAAACAUUUGUACAAUUUCAGGAUUCAGAGAAACUGCAAGGCUUAUUCCAGGCAGCACUGGAGCUCAGCACAAGCACCAAACCAUAUGACUGUGUAACAGCUUCCUACCUACUGAACUUCUUAAUCUGGCAGAACGCUCUGCCAUCAUCUCUGUCUUACUUAAAAACUCGGCGGGUUGCAUGUGGCGAUGGAGAUAAGUCUGCUGCUCUGGUGGAAAGUAACACAUUAAUAGUUAUCAAAUGCUUGUUGGAAAAUCUUGAGGAAGAAGUAUCUCGGGCUGAAAAUUCUCUGCUUCAGGCAGCAGCAUCGUUUCCAAUGUACGGGCGGGUCCACUGUAUAACAGGAGCUUUGCGGAAGCUAGCUCUAAACCUGCAGUUGGUGAGUGAGUGGAGACCCGUGGUGGAGAAGCUCCUUGUGACGUCCUACAGGCUUUCCGCCGUGGUGUCUCCAGUUAUUCAGAGCUCCUCCCCAGAAGGCCUCAUCCCCAUGGACACUGAUGCAGAGUCAGCAAGCCGCUUGCAGACGAUUCUGAAUGAGAUUCAGCCCCGAGAUACUAAUGAUUAUUUCAAUCGAGCUAAAAUUUUGAAAGAAUGUGAUAGCUUUGAUUUGGAGGACUUGAGUGCCAGUGUACCGAAUAUUGAUACUUCUGCAGAAAUCAAAGGUAAAGAAGGAAAAACAUGUGAUGUAACUGCUCAGAUGGUGCUGGUAUGUUGUUGGAGAAGCAUGAAGGAAGUCGCUUUACUCUUAGGCUCACUGUGCCAGCUUCUACCCAUGCGGUCUGUGCCAGAAUCUCCUGAUGGAUUAUUGACAGUGGAACAGGUAAAAGAAAUAGGAGAUUACUUUAAACAGCACCUUUUACAGUCCAGGCAUAGAGGAGCAUUUGAACUGGCUUACACUGGCUUUGUGAAACUCACCGAAAUCCUAAACAGGUGCCCUAAUUUGAGUCUGCAGAAGCUACCGGAAGAGUGGUUAUGGAAUGUUUUAGAGGAAAUUAGAUGCAGUGAUCCUUCAUCUAAACUCUGUGCUACAAGACGCAGUGCUGGAAUUCCUUUCUACAUACAGGCACUGUUGGCAUCUGAACCUAAGAAAGGCAAAAUGGAUUUGUUGAAAAUAACAAUGAAAGAGUUAAUCUCUUUGGCUGGACCUACAGAUGACUCACAGAGCACAGUCCCUAAGGUUCAUGCUUUAAAUAUCCUUAGAGCCUUGUUCAGAGAUACACGUCUGGGAGAAAUUAUCAUCCCUUACGUUGCUGAUGGAGCUAAGGCUGCAAUUCUGGGCUUUACAUCACCAGUCUGGGCAGUGAGAAAUUCAUCCACACUUCUCUUCAGUACAUUGAUCACAAGAAUAUUUGGAGUUAAAAGGGGAAAGGAUGAACUUUCCAAAAAAAAUAGAAUGACAGGGAGUGAAUUUUUCUCUCGUUUCCCCGAACUCUAUCCCUUUCUUCUCAAACAGUUGGAAACUGUAGCCAAUACCGUAGACAGUGAUACAGGAGAACUAAACCAUCAUCCCAGCAUGUUUCUCUUACUUUUGGUGUUGGGGAGGCUCUACCCUUCCCCGAUGGAUGGCACCUGUUCUGCUCUCAGCAUGGCACCUUUUAUUCCCUUCAUCAUGAGAUGUGGUUGCUCACCUGCCUACCGCUCCCGUGAAAUGGCAGCUCGUGCCUUGGUCCCAUUUGUUAUGACGGACGACAUCCCUGAUACCAUCCGAACUCUGUUGGCCAAACUCCCCAACUGCACUGACCAGUGUUUCCGGCAAAAUCAUAUUCAUGGGACACUUCUCCAGGUUUUUCAUUUGUUACAAGCCUUCUCAGACUCCAAAUACAGAAUGAAUACAUACUUUCAGCAGGAGCUGGCUGACGUCACUGUUUGUACUAAAGCCAAAGUCUGGCUGGCCAAGAGGCAAAAUCCAUGUUUGGUGACCAGAGCUGUGUAUAUUGAUAUUCUCUUCCUGUUGACUUGCUGUUUUGACAAACCCUCAAAAGACAACCAGCCAGUUCUGGAGCAUCUUGGCUUCUGGGAGGAAGUCAGAAGGAUCAUCUUGGGAUCAGAGUUGAUAACCGGAUUCCCCUAUACCUUCACGGUGCCAGGCCUGCCCCAGUACCUCCAGAGCCUCACCAAACUGGCCAUCGCUGCAGUGUGGGCAGUAGCAGCCCAGGCUGGAGAGCAGGCAAGGGACGUUCCCAUCUCCUUCUCUCAGCUGUUAGAGUCUUCCUUCCCUGAAGUGCGCCUGCUGACGCUGGAAGCCCUGUUGGAAAGGUUCUCAGCAGCAGCCUCGGGACUAGGAGAGAAGGGACUGCCGCCCUUGCUAUGGAAUACGGGAGGGACAUUCUUGAUGUUGGCUAUGAAGGAAAAUCACCCAGAAUGCCUCUGCAAGAUACUGAAAAUUCUCCAUUGCAUGGACCCCAGUGAGUGGCUUCCUCAGACAGAGCGCUGUGUCCAUCUAACCCCAAAGGAGUUCUUGAUCUGGACAAUGGAUAUUGCUUCCAAUGAAAGGUCUGAUAUUCAAAGUGAAGCUCUGAGACUCGCCUCCAAAGUGAUUGCCCACCACAUGAGGACGUGUGAGGAGACCAGGGACUUGGUGGCCCCCAACCUGAAGCAGUGGGUCCAGUUGGUCCUCUCUUCUUGCGGAGAUCAUCUUCCCACCGAGUCCAGGCUGGCCGCUGCUGAAGUUCUCAACAGCACUGCACCAUUUUUCCUCACCAACCCCCAUCCCAUUCUUGGACUGCAAGAUACGCUUGCUCUCUGGAAAUGUGUCCUCACCCUCCUGCAGAGUGAGGAGCAAGUAAUCCGAGAUGCAGCCACAGAAACCGUGAUGACUGCCAUGUCACAGGAAAACACUUGCCAGUCAACAGAAUUUGCCUUCUGCCGGGUGGACGCCUCCAUCGCACUGGAUCUGGCCCUGGCUGUGCUGUGUGACCUGCUCCAGCAGUGGGACCAGCUGGCCCCUGGACUCCCAGUCCUGCUAGGAUGGCUGUUGGGGGAGGGUGAUGACCUCAUGGCCUGUGUGGAGAGCGUGCAUCAGGUGGAAGAGGACUACCUGUUUGAAAAAACAGAAGUCAACUUUUGGGCUGAGACCCUGAUCUUCAUGAAAUACCUCUACAAGCACCUCUUCCGCCUCCUCUCCAAGUCCAGCUGGUGUCCCCUCAGCCCCGAGAGGCUCUGUCAUCUUCAGAGGACAGCGUCAGAGCAACGCCACCUCCUUUCCCAGCUCUUCAGAGAGCUGCCACCAACUGCUGAGUUUUUGAAGACGGCGGAGUUCACGAGACUGCGCGUUCGGGAGGAAAGGGCUUUGGCUUGCCUGAGGCUACUGGCGUUUCUGGAAGGAAAGGAAGGGGAAGACACCCAGUUCUCAGGGCUUUGGACUCCCCUGCAGCAGUGAAUCAGUUAACUCUUCCAAGAACAGAAACGGCUUGUUGAAGAAAGAAGACUUGUGGGGUUGGGGGUAGGGUAGAUUGUUCCCCCAGUCAAUCCGCAGGAAAAUGUUGAACAGAAACUUAAGCGUCUUCUCCCCUUCACAACUCCCCCACUUCUGUGAGUCUAGUCUUCUGUCCUACAGAGGACUUUUUCUUCAGUUCAGUCAUUCAAGGCAGCCUCGUUUAUUGCAGCUACUGUAGGAAGUGAGGCUACCACGUUGAAUAUUGACUCUGUUCCCAGGUGCAGGCCACCUGCAGGCCUGAAUUAGCCUUUUUCAUCCCCCAGGACCUCCAGUGUCCAACCAGAGCCGGCCUACAUUUUUCUCUGAAUUGACUACACAGAGUUGGGUUUUAACACAUGAUUUUCCCCCCCUUUUCUGGCUAGUUGUAGGAGCUGGAUUAGUUGGCAAACAGCCCACUUGGUCAGAAUUCCAAAUUUUAUUCGAUUUUAGCAAAGGCAGAAAUAUGUUCCAAAUGUUGGAUCCUGGGAGAAUCAAGGAUCGACUUCAUACAAAUAAUUUUGUUUUUACUGUCUGCAUGUUUAAGCCUUCAGUGACCUACACAUGCCAUCCUAAUUAUUAAAAGAGCCAUUAAGAGCUCCUACCCACCUCUCCCCACCAUAAAAAGUAUUUGUGCUAUUGUUAGGAAAACAGAUUCACCACCCAGUGAAAUCAUAGACUCUUGGCUGUUAGAAGGAACCUGGGGAAAGGAGAGUCAGAAUAAAUGACUUAUUUGAUGCCUACACUGUUUACUGUCAUUUUCUUGGUGGCAGUAACAAGAAGAUUCUUAUUUAAGAUGCCAGAAAACUUUUAUCCAUUUCAGUGAUUUAACCUGGAAACCUUAAGGGUUUUCUGCUUUUCUAAGUCCAGCCCUCCCCUCUUCCUCAGACACCCAGCAGGUGUCGCUCUUGCAUACGUUUUGCUGCUAGUUUUGUUUUUCACUGGCUUACCAGUUUUAAUUUAUAAUUUCAGAGUAAGUGUUACCCAAAGACAGUUAACUUGAAAUUCAUAGCUUGGAUGGGUCAUAGCCUCAUCCAUGUUCAUUUUUCAUCCUAGUUAUCUGAAAAAACCAUUUCAGUAAUCCUACGUACACUUGGCCCAGCUUUUUAGGGUCUGUAAAUACUUCUCAGGUGAGCAAUCCGAAUUAUUUUAUUGAGGUUUGAGGGUCUGGAGGGGCAGUUUAGAGGGGAGAGGGUUUGAUAUGAUCAUUUCCUACUACAGAAAGACUUAUAUUUCAAAUGUAAUUUGUUUCUCUUUGAAAGAAAACCACCUAACACUAAAAAAUAGAGCCUACUAGAAGAAUAGAGAAAGGUCUGUGUAGGAAGAAGCAAGGAAAGAAGUUAACUUAGUGUCCAAAGUUUUGCCCUGAAGAGACAGGAAAUUCCCUGGUGGUUUUGCACUACUCAGCUCAAAAUGUGUUUUCUGUGAUCCUGAAUUAAUAACCUGGUUAGGCAUCUGUGUAGCCCACACUUGAUGGAAAGUUGCCAACUGAACAUUUCUUUUUGUUCUGAGAAGACGUGGCUGGUGAGAAGUCAGGGAAUUGUUGGCACAAUGUGGUGAUAACCAUGGUAGAAUAAUUAUGAAACCGGCUCCAGCAAAGCCCAGCUCACUGGAAAAGGCCAGCAUUCCUUUUUUCUCCAUUUAAAAUGAAAUAAAAGCAGUUACAUAAUAAUAAAAAUAUUUUCUACCAGCAGGUACUCUGUACCAAAGCA